GCUAUGGUGACGGGAAGAUGUUGGCCCGAAAAAGCAUCAUUCCGGAGGAGUACGUGCUGGCGCGCAUCGCCGCCGAGAACCUGCGCAAACCGCGCAUCCGCGACCGCCUCCCCAGAGCGCGCUUCAUCGCCAAGAGCGGCGCCUGCAACCUGGCGCACAAGAAUAUCCGCGAGCAGGGUCGCUUCCUGCAGGAUAUCUUCACCACCCUGGUGGACCUGAAGUGGCGCCACACGCUGGUCAUCUUUACCAUGUCCUUUCUCUGCAGCUGGCUGCUCUUUGCGAUCAUGUGGUGGUUGGUGGCUUUUGCCCAUGGGGACAUCUACGCUUACAUGGAGAAAAGUGGCUUGGAGAAAAGUGCCUUAGAGUCCACUGUGUGUGUGACUAACGUCAGGUCUUUCACCUCUGCUUUUCUCUUCUCCAUUGAGGUUCAAGUGACAAUUGGAUUUGGAGGGAGGAUGAUGACAGAGGAGUGCCCUCUGGCCAUCACAGUGCUGAUUCUCCAGAACAUUGUGGGUCUGAUCAUCAAUGCGGUCAUGUUGGGCUGUAUUUUCAUGAAGACAGCUCAGGCUCACAGAAGGGCAGAGACUUUGAUUUUCAGCCGCCAUGCGGUGAUCGCUGUCCGGAAUGGCAAGCUGUGCUUCAUGUUCCGAGUGGGUGACCUGAGGAAAAGCAUGAUCAUCAGUGCCUCCGUGCGUAUCCAGGUGGUCAAGAAGACAACUACCCCUGAAGGGGAGGUGGUGCCCAUUCACCAGCUGGACAUUCCGGUCGACAACCCAAUCGAGAGUAAUAAUAUUUUCCUGGUGGCCCCUCUGAUCAUCUGCCAUGUGAUUGACAAGCGCAGUCCCCUCUACGAUAUCUCGGCCACUGACCUCGCCAACCAAGACCUGGAGGUCAUAGUUAUUCUAGAAGGUGUGGUGGAAACUACGGGCAUCACCACACAAGCUCGGACCUCCUACAUCGCAGAGGAGAUUCAGUGGGGCCACCGCUUUGUGUCCAUUGUGACUGAAGAGGAAGGAGUGUAUUCGGUGGAUUACUCCAAAUUUGGCAACACUGUGAAGGUGGCCGCUCCACGGUGCAGCGCCCGGGAGCUGGAUGAGAAGCCUUCCAUCCUCAUUCAGACCCUCCAGAAGAGUGAACUGUCCCACCAGAAUUCUCUGAGGAAGCGCAAUUCCAUGAGAAGAAACAAUUCCAUGAGGAGGAACAACUCCAUCCGAAGGAACAACUCUUCCCUCAUUGUGCCGAAGGUGCAGUUUAUGACUCUAGAAGGAAAUCAGGACACAUUGGAAUCAUGACACCACGACGGCCCUCCUCUCCGCACACCUUUCAUCAAGUGUGGGUGGCUGAGGCACGGAGCACCAUCAGACUGAAUCAGAGCUGGAGCACAACAAUUUGUCUUAUGUUUUAAUGCACUAAAAGAUAUUCCUAUUUGAGAAACAGCACUUAAUAAACAAUAAACCACAAAACGGGAUUUGUGGCUUAUGCUCAUUUUAUACAUGCAGGAUUUGCAGUGAAAUGCUCAAGGCACGUAUAGGAAGUAGUGUGUGCUCAUUUCUCUCAAUUUGAAACACACGAAUUCCAUUAAUAAUAAUGCAUAAUCUGACCAAGGAAUGG